ACCCUUGUUCAGCUUUGCGCAGAUUGCUCCUUGCUCACGCCAAUCGUACAACAUCACCCAGACCCACGACAAGUCACACUGCAGUCAUGUCAACCGAAACAGGUCUUCCCGAAGGGUGGGAGAUACGCCACUCCAACUCGAAGAACUUGCCCUACUACUUCCACUCGACUACGAAAGACUCGCGAUGGGAACCGCCUGCAGGGACAGACUCGGAGAUGCUGAAGCAGUACAUGGCCGCCAACCACAGCUCCAAGGGCGUUGCGCCCGGCGGCUUCGGCAGCUCAGCAGGCAAGAUUCGAUGCGCCCACCUCCUGGUCAAGCACAAGGACAGCCGACGCCCUGCUAGCUGGCGGGAACCCAAAAUCACGCGCGACAAGCAAGAGGCCGAAGAGCUCAUCAGAGAAUACCAGAAUCAGAUCAAGGCCUACGAGGGCGUCGAAGGAUACGGGAACUAUCCCGCCAAGUCACUUUCGGAGCUGGCAACGACCGAGUCGGACUGUAGCAGCGCGCGGAAGGGCGGCGACCUGGGCUUCUUCGGCCAAGGAGACAUGCAGAAAGAAUUCGAGGAAGCUGCUUUCAAGCUAAACAAAGGCGAAGUGAGCGACAUGGUUGUGACCGCGUCAGGAAUUCACUUGAUUCAAAG